AUGCACCCCACUUCCCCACAUUCUGCACCCCACUUCCCCACAUGCUGCACCCCACUUCCCCACAUGCAGCACCCCACUUCCCCACAUGCUGCACCCCACUUACCCACAUGCAGCACCCCACUUACCCACAUGCAGCACCCCACUUCCCCCCAUGCAUGCAGCACCCCACUUCCCCACAUGCAGCACCCCACUUCCCCCCAUGCAGCACCCCACUUCCCCACAUGCAGCACCCCACUUCCCCACAUGCAGCACCCCACUUCCCCACAUGCAGCAUCCCACUUCCCCACAUGCAGCACCCCACUUCCCCACAUGCAGCACCCCACUUACCCACAUGCAGCACCCCACUUCCCCACAUGCAGCACCCCACUUCCCCUCAUGCAGCACCCCACUUACCCACAUGCAGCACCCCACUUCCCCACAUGCAGCACCCCACUUCCCCCCAUGCAGCACCCCGCUUACCCACAUGCAGCACCCCACUUCCCCACAUGCAGCACCCCACUUCCCCCCAUGCAGCAGGCCACUUACCCACAUGCAGCACCCCACUUCCCCACAUGCAGCACCCCACUUCCCCACAUGCAGGACCCCACUUCCCCCCAUGCAGCACCCCACUUCCCCACAUGCAGCACCCCACUUACCCACAUGCAGCACCCCACUUCCCCCCAUGCAUGCAGCACCCCACUUCCCCACAUGCAGCACCCCACUUCCCCCCAUGCAGCACCCCACUUCACCACAUGCAGCACCCCACUUCCCCACAUGCAGCACCCCACUUCCCCACAUGCAGCACCCCACUUCCCCCCAUGCAGCACCCCACUUCCCCACAUGCAGCACCCCACUUCCCCACAUGCAGCACCCCACUUCCCCACAUGCAGCACCCCACUUCCCCCCAUGCAGCAGGCCACUUACCCACAUGCAGCACCCCACUUCCCCACAUGCAGCACCCCACUUCCCCACAUGCAGCACCCCACUUCCCCACAUGCAGCACCCCACUUCCCCACAUGCAGCACCCCACUUCCCCACAUGCAGCACCCCACUUCCCCACAUGCAGCACCCCACUUCCCCCCAUGCAGCACCCCACUUCCCCCCAUGCAGCACCCCACUUCCCCACAUCAUUUACAUCCCUCACCCACAUGCUCCAUCCCAUUUAACCAGAUGCUGCACCUCCCUUCCCCCAUUGCUACUCCGCUCCAAACCACUCCUUACACCCAUAUCAACCACGCCACAGGCUGCGGCACAGGGUCAUCCCAUCUUAACAGCAACGUCGAGCACGGUCUCCUUGCCCCAUGGUCAGGACAAGCUACUAGGGGCGGAUGUGUGGCGCAGCUAUAA